AUGCCAGGGAUCACACUAGGAGACACGGUGCCAAACCUAGACGUGGAGACGACACACAAGAACUUCAAACUCCAUGACUACUUCGCCGAUUCGUGGACCGUCCUCUUCUCUCACCCUGGGGAUUUCACACCUGUAUGCACAACCGAGCUUGGUGCCAUGGGCAAAUACGCUCAUGAGUUCGAGCACAGAGGUGUGAAGCUCCUUGGUUUGUCUUGUGACGACAUACAAUCGCACAAAGAUUGGAUCCCCGACAUCGAGGCAUUUACGCCUGGAAGCAAAGUGACAUACCCAAUAAUUGCUGACCCAAACAAAGAGAUCAUUCCUCAGCUUAACAUGAUUGAUCCUAUUGAGAACGGUCCCUCUCGUGCCCUUCAUAUAGUUGGUCCUGAUUGUAAGAUAAAGUUGAGUUUCUUGUAUCCGUCCACCACGGGACGUAACAUGGACGAAGUGUUGAGGGCUUUAGACUCGUUGUUGAUGGCGGCUAAACAUAAGAACAAGAUCGCCACUCCGGUUAACUGGAAACCGGAUGAACCGGUUGUUAUUUCACCAGCUGUAUCAGACGAAGAGGCUAAGAAGUUGUUUCCACAGGGUUACAAGACUGCCGAACUUCCAUCCAAAAAAGGCUACCUACGUGUCGCCGAUGUGUCUUGA